ACACACACACACACACACACACACAGACAGACAGAGUGAUGUGUGGCUCGUCAGCGGGGUUUAAGCCUCCUGUCGUGUGCUGAGAUAUUCUGGUGACAGUUUACAAAAGGAAAAUGUGAAGACUUGCUUCUUUUCUGCUCGUGGCGUGAUCGUGUCCCGUUCGUGGGACAGCAGACAGUUGCAGAAUGAAACUAUAAGGUUUUCAGGACAAAGCCGAAGUUACAACAAUGUGCAAGAAGUUACAGCGAAACCCACGUGCGUGAUGCUCCAAUAGCACAUUUCUUUUGUCCACUCACGGUGAGACAAACACACGGCCUGGAUAUUUGCUUUGAAACUGUUUGUUCAUUAUUCCCACAGAGGACGUGACCGUAUCACCGACACACAAUGGCUCGUGUCUCUGCUGAUGUGAAACGACUUCUACAAUUUCCACGUUUAGAAAUCCUCGUAUUCAAAGUAUUUCUGUGCUGAGAAAACAAAACAAAGAAGCAUCACUGUCCCUGAAAUCCCUCAAAUCGCCAAGUAGGCCACAGAGGGGUGUAGAUGUGGCCUGUGGCGAUAACAAACAAAAUAAAUAAAUACUAAAUAAAUAAAUACAAAAUAAAUAAAUACAUACAUACAAAUGAAUGAGCAGAUAAAUGAAUAAAAUAUGAAUAUAAAAAGAUGAAAACCCAAAAGACAAGAUGCAAUAAAGAAGCUCUCACUGUCGCUGUUAGAAAACUUUUUAAGCAACAUUUUCUUCUGUUUUUUUUUGUAGAUAAUAAAUAUUUUAAUAAAGUGUGUGCAUAUAUAUAUAUACACACACACACACGGUUGACAUGACGGUUUUAAUGCUGUUUCUGAGGAAUCGUUGGAGCCUCCUCAGGACAGAGGUGAAUGUGUUCAGUAGCCAAUCUCCUUCCUCCUGGAGGCCUCGGUACAUAGACUAACCAAUAGGUAUGCGAGCAGUCGUCCAAUAGCAGCAGGCCUUCGUGCCCGCGGCACAGAGCAGGCUGUGGAUGCGCCACCAGAAAAUCACACGGGAUGGAGGAUGCGCGCGUGCGGAGCUUCUUGGAGACCGUGUGAAAACCAACAGGUUAGAAAGUGAGGACCUUCUGUGUGCGGCGGUCCGAGGUCUCAGUGUGAUGCGUCUGAGCUUCCAGCUUUGAGCCUCACGCGGCCAGGAGUAACCGGGACCCGUCCACGUCAGCCCCGAAGCACCUGGAGGUAUGGGCGGGAGUGCACGCGCCAGCUGCAGCUGUGACGUUUAGGCCGCGCGGAGGGAGACGUCUGCUUUGCUAUGAGCGUGGAUCGGCGCUGACGCAGAAACAUGAAGGAGAAGUCGAAAAACGCGGCCCGGACGCGCCGGGAGAAGGAAAACAGCGAGUUUUAUGAACUGGCCAAACUGCUGCCGCUGCCCUCCGCCAUCACCUCCCAGCUGGACAAAGCCUCGAUCAUCCGGCUCACAACGAGCUACCUGAAGAUGAGAGUGGUCUUCCCCGAAGGCCUGGGGGAGUCCUGGGGGCACGUUAGCCGCAGCAGCUCUCUGGAUGGGCUCAGCCAGGAACUAGGCUCCCAUCUCUUACAGACGUUAGAUGGCUUCAUUUUUGUGGUUGCUCCUGAUGGGAAAAUCAUGUACAUAUCAGAAACAGCGUCAGUGCACUUGGGCCUGUCACAGGUAGAGUUGACAGGAAACAGCAUCUACGAGUACAUCCACCCAGCAGACCACGAUGAAAUGAUAGCUGUCCUCACAGCGCACCAGCCUUACCACUCCCACUUUGUCCAAGGUAAUCAGCCAUCUACACGUGUGCUUCUGUGUACGGCAUCACUAUGCAGCACAGCUCAUGUGAGUUUUUAUGUCUCUGCAGAAUAUGAGAUGGAGCGCUCCUUCUUUCUCAGAAUGAAGUGCGUCCUUGCUAAAAGAAAUGCUGGUCUUACCUGUGGAGGCUACAAGGUGAUCCACUGCAGCGGCUACCUGAAGAUUCGACAGUACAGCCUCGACAUGUCUCCGUUUGACGGCUGCUAUCAGAACAUCGGGCUGGUGGCUGUCGGCCAUUCGCUGCCGCCCAGCGCCAUCACUGAGAUCAAACUGCACAGCAACAUGUUCAUGUUCAGAGCCAGUCUGGACAUGAAGCUCAUCUUCCUCGACUCACGGGUUGCAGAGCUGACGGGCUAUGAGCCUCAGGAUCUAAUCGAGAAAACUCUGUAUCAUCACGUCCACAGCUGUGACUGCUUCCACCUGCGCUGUGCUCAUCAUUUGUUGCUGGUCAAAGGUCAGGUCACUACAAAGUACUACCGUUUCUUGGCCAAGCAUGGCGGCUGGGUCUGGGUUCAGAGUUAUGCAACCAUUGUCCACAACAGCCGCUCAUCCAGACCUCACUGCAUUGUCAGCGUCAACUAUGUUCUCACGGAGACAGAAUAUAAAGGCCUCCAGCUUUCUCUGGACCAGGCCACAUCCAAGGCCUCGUUUCCCUGCACGAGCAGCCUCACAGACAACUGCAGAACUGCCAAGAGCCGAGCAUCACGGCCCAAGAGCAAAGCCAGGCUCUCGCCAUAUACACAGUAUUCCAGCUUCCAGACAGAGCGUUCCGAAUCCGGCCAGGACAGUCCGUGGGGCAGCAGUCCGCUCACAGACUCGGCCUCCCCUCGACUGCUGGAGCAGACUGAAGGCGUGGAUGCCUCCUGUGUUUACAGGCAAUUCUCUGAUCCUCGUACACUUUGCUACAACAUGUCUGAAGACCAGAUCACCAGCCACAUCCACGGUCAGGGUCAGAGCUGUGAGCGGGGUCGGUGCGAGGCAGGCCGAUAUUUUCUAGGAGCUCCUCCACCAGGCAGGGAGACGUGGUGGGACACCGCCCGCUCCAUCAUACCGCUGAGCAAGAGCUCGCUGGAGAACUACGAAGACUACGACGGCAGCGUGCCACACAUCACAGCUGUGCACACCCACCACGGCAGGGGCUGGGAUGAGGAUAGCGUGGUCAGCUCACCAGACGGAGGCUCAGCCAGUGACUCAGGGGACCGCUACCGAGCCGACCGCUAUCGCUGCAGUCCACAGGAGCCCAGCAAGAUCGAGACGUUGAUCCGAGCCACGCAGCAGAUGAUCAAGGAAGAAGAAAGUUGCCUGCAGUUACGCAAAGGCCCCACACCCGAGGCCUCACUGGGGCCAGCAAACGGACUGCCCAAGGGCCCUGGGUCGUGCUUUACGCCCGAGUACACUCAAGGGCCUCUGCCUUUACAGACCAUGUUGUGUCGAGGUUUAAGUCAGGUGAUCAGCCCCACGCCUAGCCCCGCCCCUCAGUCUAAGCUCAACAGUCCAGGUUCAGAGUGUCUCCAUAAGCCCAAAGACUACCUCCAGACAGAACUGCCCCCCCUUUCUUUGCAGUUACAUCCUUUUGGUCGUGCAGGGGCAUGCUCAGGCUCCCCAACACCAGCUCCGGCCCUCUAUCCCUCCCAUACACACCCGCGGCCCUACCUGGACAAGCAUCCAGCAUAUUCCCUGGCCGGCUACACUCUGGAGCACCUGUAUGACCCAGAGAGCCUCCGGGGCUACUGCACCUCCAACAGCACCGGCUCCACCCCCUACGAUCACUUCCGCAUACCAGCAGAGCAGACCACUGGGCGUAAAGGCACAUCUGUCAUUAUUACUAAUGGAAGCUAA